CAUUCACCACCAAGGCAAGGCACCAACUUUUCAGGCAAACGGGGUUGUUGCCACAUUGACCCACCACCUACCAUUUCUGACGUAUAAUUUCUUUGUCGAUUUCAUUACUCAUUAGGAUCAACUUGUUAAGAAGAAGCAAACAAAAACAAUUGUUUGGGGGCUAUUAAUAAAAACUACAAAAAGGCCCUCCAAACCACAAAUCCUUCCUAUAGAACCCUUCACCAAACCAGACAUAUAAAUAAUCAGAAAUAAAAAACUAUAAACAAACCCUUGAGUGGAGUCGGAGGCAAUAGGGAGUGGGGAAGUGGGCUGACACUCUGGAGAAUUCAGUAUAGUGGUUUUUGUUUGCCGCUACCCCUCAUUGCGAUCUUGGUUUCUUCCCCGUUUUACCAAGGCCGCCACUCCCACCAAUCGUCCCUUUCUACCCUCUCUGAUCCCAUGGCUUCGCGGUUGUUGUGGGCUUCCAGAGCCGCUUCCUUGCUCAGGAUCUCCGUUCCCUACAGGGGAUUUGCUUCUGUUAUCAAGGACCUGAAGUACGCGGAGAGUCACGAGUGGGUGAAAGUCGAUGGCAACUCUGCCACGGUUGGGAUAACUGAUCAUGCUCAAGACCAUCUAGGGGAUGUUGUGUAUGUCGAGCUACCAGAAUUGGGUACGGAAGUUACCCAGGGAAACAGUUUCGGUGCAGUUGAAAGCGUCAAGGCUACCAGUGAUAUCAACUCUCCGGUUUCUGGGAAAGUAGUUGAAGUCAAUGAGGAGCUGAAUGGGUCCCCUGCUCUGGUGAAUACGAGCCCGUACAAGGAAGGGUGGAUUAUAAAGGUGGAAUUGAAGGAUGCUGGUGAGCUUAACAACUUGAAGGAUGCAGAUGCCUACUCCAAGUUUUGUGACGAAGAAGAUGCAAAGCAUUAGGAGGGGUUUCGGGAUUUAUUUCUGCUUGGUUCUUCUGUCUUUUGGGAAUGACAUUGUUGCAAUCUUAUGAAGGGGAAGCUAGAUUGAAAGCACGUAACUUUUGAUUUUCCCUCUUUAUGAUCGAGUUCUUUUCGAAUAUGUUUCACUCUUCUGAGGAAGCUAGAUGAGGUGGGUGUUGGUAGGGUAGGAGUCUUGUUCUGAACCUUGGAAAUAAUAAUUGGAAAGAUUGGAGAUGUUUGAUUCGUUUCCAGGUCCCAUGAGGGUGUUUAAUUUACAGGUUGGAUUGGCAAGUUUGGUAAAUUGCAAGUUCGGUUAUUGAGUUUACUAAAUUAUACAAAACAAU